AUGCCGGAGCAGCUCAAGAAGAUGAAGAACCGGCACGUGUCCAAGCCCGCGGCGGCCCGGCAAACGUCGCCGCCAGCGUCGCCAGCGUCUGGCGCCGCGUCCUCCGUCUCCACGAGCCACCGGCGCGACCUGCUGGGCGGCUCCAUCCAGGAGGUCUCGCGCAAGACGCUCAUGGAGAGGUUCCGCAAGCGCGGCCGCGUGGAGAGCGCCAACUACGAGCAGCGCGCGCUCGGCGGCCGCGAGGGGCGAUCGCGCGCGGCUGCCAACACGACGCUGCAGUCCAACAGCUUGUCCUUCGCCAACACGGCGGACGGCGCCGCCCCCAUCGUGCUGCGCGCGGGGCGCGCGCCGCACCACGCGACGUUCCUCGUGCACAAGAACGAGAACGCGCUGGCCAGGCCGCAGUCGGCGCCCAACCUCAUGGAGCAGGUGCUGCAGAGAGCAGCGGACGACGAGGUGAUCGCUCGGAUCUUUCCGGACAUCUGUCCGCGGGAGCUGCGCAUUGCAGAGGUCAAGUCGUGGGAGUGUCCGUGGAUGCACAAGGAGUUCCCAGUGGAUACGGAAGCGAAGACGACGACGAAGACGCCGGUGAAGCUACUGGGCCAGCCACGGAAGGGGGAGUUGCUGUCACAGGCGGCACGUGAGUCAAGCUCGGGAGCGACAACAGUGGUGUCGCCCUCUUCUGGUGUGCACGUUGAUACUCCAGCGCCUCCAGCACCUCCAGCACCAGUAAAUGUCGGCAGUAAUGGGGCUCAUCAGGCGAGUGCGGAUGUCGCGGUGGAUAAGGUGGACAGUUCCGCCAAGGAACUAGAUAACGAGAUCGACUCGUUGACUAACCAACUAUCGCUUGAGGAGAAAAGGCCGCUGCCGAUAUCACCAGUAAAAACCACUGAGUGGCCAGCUACAGCGGGAACGCCGCCGCCAGUAUUUACUCCGCAAGGUGCUAGUACUCCUCAAUGGAAAACUGUUGAAUCAGCGAAGAAGACUCCAGGCAGUCGUGCAGGUAAACGUCCGCAGCUGCGACUGAAGCUGGAAGACAUGCCUACACCUCAGCAGGCCGAAGAACGCGCCCAGCGAGCUGCCACCCGGCUUAUUGCUAAGCGAGACGCGAUGGAAGCAGCUGCGAUCGCUGCAGCUGCAGCGUCAGGAUCAAGUACUCCAGCGAAUGGCCCAAGUGCUGCCCAGCAGGCACUGAUGAAGCUAAACUUCAGUUCGGGUUCGGAAUCGGAUCUUCAAUCCCCAAGUGGUACGUUGCUCACGCAUUUUGCGGCUUGUAUACGGGCGAAGAGCUAA